UCAGGAGGCGGGGGUGCGCGAUUGUUACGGGGGCCGGAACGGUUUGCGUAAGUAAAGGAAAAGGGGUGUGCGUCCAGAAUGUGUAAAACAAUCAACUCGUGGAAAUGUGACGAGGAGUGAGAGAAAGAGAGAGGAAGCAAGAAGGCAGCGGGGGAGCGCACGACUUUCCAAGUUGGAGGAACAACUUUUGUGUUGUUUCUAAUUGACAUCCCUGAUCGGAGUUGAAAUUCUUAGCUGCUUGGCAGUCUUUAUAGCGCCAAGAAAGACAUGGAUUAUUCACUGGUGGCCAUUGCUUUGCUUGUCUGUGCGCUGCAUGUGACAGCUACACGGAGCUGCUACCCAGGAUGCCGCUGUGAAGUGGAAAGCUUUGGACUUUUUGACAGUUUCAGCCUGACAAAGGUAGACUGCAGUGGAGUUGGACCCCAUUUUGCCCCCAUACCAAUUCCCCUAGAUACAUCGUACUUGGAUCUCUCAUCAAAUGCUUUGGAAACCAUUACUGAUUCCAUGUUGAUGGGACCUGGUUACACCACCCUGGUCAGUCUUGACCUGAGCAAAAACCACAUUGCCAGAGUGAACAGCGGUUCAUUUUCUAAGCUACGUUACUUGGAGACUUUGAAUUUAAGCCAUAAUUAUUUGGAUGCUCUUCCAGAUGGCUGUUUCUCUGGUCUGCCACUAACUGAUGUCGACCUUAGCAACAACAGACUGCAAGAAUUCAGGCUGGACAUCUUUUCUUCCAAAGGUCACAGGAAGCCCAUCACUGUUGACCUUUCCAAUAAUAGACUUGCAUUGGUUUUCAGGGACCCACACAUAAGCUCCCCUAAUAUUAAGAGCUUAAAUCUCUCUGGAAACAAGCUGGCAUCCGUUCCCAAGCUCCAGAACGUCCCCUUGCGAUACCUUAGCCUUGAUGGCAAUCCAAUUUCUGUUAUAGAGGAAAACUCAUUUUUAGGUUUGGAGGACUUAUCCUAUUUAUCCCUCAGUGGUCUCCCUACACUGAGUGUGAUCAAGCCUAAUAGUUUCAAGAGCCUCCCGAAUCUUCAGGGUCUGGAUUUAUCCAACAAUAUGGAGUUAAAGUCCCUGAGCUCUGAAGUCUUCAGUGGCCUCCAGUCUUUACAAGAGCUGGACCUUUCCAAUUCUGGUGUAAUAACUGUACCCGACAAAGCUCUGAAGUAUUUAACAAAUAUCCGAAGCAUCACCCUGGGACAGAAUGUGCUUUGCCAAAAGACAGUGAAACAUGGUCAGUUUCACCGGCCGGUGGGACAUUUUAAGAACGAAGAAGUGAUCACUUGCGAUUUCAUAAGUACUAGUCUCUGAACUCAAUUCUUCCUUCUUCUGUUGUGUUUUCAAUAAUUUUUCAACCAGCAUGCUGAAAAACUACACUGCGUAGGCCAUAUAUACCUGUUACGUGCCUUUUCAAAUUCAAUAUGAACUUCCUGCCAAAACUUGAUUUGAUGUUGUAUAUUUUGUACAAUGUAAUUUAAUUAUUAAUUUUGCACAUUUUUCACUUUGUAUGUGUUAUUCAGCUGAUGCUGUGAAAUAACUUUUGUUUCCUGCUUUAUGGGUGUUGAAAGUGAGGUUGGAAUGUUUGGAAACAUUGGUGAGGAACUGUAGGCACCUAUGAUCUUCUGAAUUGUGUGACGUGGCUCUUGUCACUGAGUAACACAAUUAUUAUAGUAAAUGGUAAGAUACCCAAGGCAUAACUUAUCAGAUAUGUUAUCUCCUGGAUAUCAUAAUAUUAAAUAAUAGCGGCUUCUAGUCCAAAUUAGAUGUUAAUCUUGAGACAGAUUAUUGAUCCACUGAAGGGACGCAUGGAGUAGCUUUAUAUGUAAAGUCCAGUUCUGCACAGAACACCUCCAGUUAAGUUGUGUGUAACAGUGCAAACUGAAGUACCAGUUGGCAUUUCACCACUUUAUAACAACAUGCAAGUUUUGUAUGCUGGUCUCUGGUUUCUUCUGCUAUACUCAACCAAAAAAUAGCUGUUAUGUUCUGGAUUGUGGUCAUCAUUUACCAAUUUAAACUUAAUUUUAAAUACAUGCAUAUUAUUCUGUGAUUCAGAGCAAAACCAGAAGACCCUGCUGCUGCCUAAUCACUGUUUUCUCCCGCAAUUCUUUGCUGUCUUUUGAAAGUUUGAGUUUUGUUGCUUUGUUUUUUGUUAUGAAGACUUCAUAACAUUUUCUUCUUUAUUAUUAUUAUUAUAUAUGGUCUUUAUUGACUAGUUAUUUAUAUUGCAGUUGAGCAGAACGCAAGUUCAGUAUGGAUUUCAACUAUUAUACUUUCUAAAUUAGUUUUCAGUCAUGGUGCAUUUUUCAGUUGUUCCUUUACUUGUUUUUUGGGGCGUACAAGUCAGCGCAAGAAAUUUCAUUUCAGACAACGAGAAGCCAUGAAGGAUUUUAUCAAAACCUCAGCUGAAAUCUGGCAGUGUUGUUUGGCAAACCACCAUUUCCUGGCUAGGGCUCUUGUUGCAUUUUUACAUGUAGAAACAACGUGCCUGACCUGUGGUUUUACAUUUAAAACAAAAAAAAAACACUGCAUACAUCAUCCAAGUUUUAAGAGAGAAACAUUUUAUAUAGAUAUAUAUAUAUAUAUAUAU